AUUUUGAAACACUCUGCGUCUAGUGACCAUCUUGGACAGUCCUCCGAGAGCUGACUGUUGUUGCCUGUGAUAGAGGAAACCCGUGGAAGGGGUCUAUUAAAAUAUUAAAACUGGAAGUUUCUGGUGUUAAAUUAACAGUGUGAUCCUGUUGUUAGGAAGGGCUCAGCAGUGCCUGGGUGCCCAGGGAGCCACUGCGUGAGUCCCUAGUGGUAAAUACAGCAAAACCACAGGACAUGAGCGCUUCCAAAGGAGGUCUGGUCAUCUUCGCGGCGAACUCCAACCCCUCAAGCAGAGAGUUGGGGAAGAGGAUAGCUGAGAGGUUGGGUGUUGAACUUGGGAAGGUCCAGGUUUAUCAAGAAGCUAACAGAGAAACACGGGUCCAUAUCGAAGAGUCUGUACGUGCUAAAGAUGUCUUCAUCAUCCAGACCGUAUCCAAGGAUGUUAACACCACCAUCAUGGAGCUGCUCAUUAUGGUGUAUGCAUGCCGGACCUCCUGUGCACGCAACAUUAUCGGCGUCAUUCCCUAUUUCCCCUACAGCAAACAGUGCAAAAUGAGGAAAAGAGGCUCCAUCGUUUCCAAGCUUCUCGCCUCAAUGAUGUGUAAAGCAGGUCUGACUCAUCUCAUUACUAUGGAUUUGCAUCAAAAGGAAAUCCAGGGUUUCUUUAACAUUCCAGUGGACAAUCUUCGGGCCUCGCCGUUCCUGCUGCAGUACAUCCAGGAAGAGAUUCCUGACUACAGAAAUGCUGUAAUUGUUGCCAAAUCUCCAGCAUCUGCCAAAAGGGCCCAGUCAUUCGCCGAAAGACUACGGCUGGGGAUCGCUGUGAUCCACGGUGAAGCCCAGGAUGCCGAAUCGGACCUAGUAGAUGGACGUCAUUCCCCACCCACUGUCAAAAAUAUGGGGGCUAUUCAUCCAAGCCUAGAGAUACCUUUGCUAAUUCCCAAAGAAAAACCCCCAAUAACUGUGGUGGGAGAUGUGGGUGGGCGAAUCGCCAUUAUAGUGGAUGACAUCAUUGAUGAUGUGGAUAGUUUUCUCGCAGCAGCUGAAACAUUGAAGGAAAGAGGUGCCUACAAGAUAUUUGUCAUGGCCACUCAUGGGAUCCUGUCUUCUGAUGCACCUCGGCUCAUAGAGGAGUCCGCCAUAGAUGAGGUAGUCGUGACCAACACAAUUCCACAUGAAAUCCAGAAACUUCAGUGUCCUAAAAUAAAGACGGUGGACAUCAGCAUGAUUCUGUCAGAAGCCAUUCGUCGCAUCCACAAUGGAGAAUCCAUGUCCUACCUCUUCCGUAACAUAGGCAUGGAUGACUAAGAGCAUCAUCUACAUCCUCUACUAAAAUGUGCAGAUUUCAAAGUUUUUUAGUCCCUCAUUUAUUUCUGUUAAAACUAUCACCUGUGUUAUUUACUGUCUCUCCAAUCAAAACCGACAUAAUUUAUUUUAUAUUGCUUCCUCUAAGUUACUCCAAAAAAGAUAGUCUGAGCUGUCACAUGAGUUUGUUGUCCUGUACACUUGACCUCUUAAUGGCACCUUUCGAAGGAUUCACAUUUAAAUUUUUCUUUAAAAAAAUGUUAAAAACAUAAUUGUGUCGAUCUGCUGUAAUUUAUUUAUUGAAGGAUGUCUAAUUCUUCCGUGUGGCCAACGAUAUGUUAACCAUUUAUGAAAGCUGAGACAUACAUAUCCAUGUCAGUGCCUCAUUAAUUGUGUACUAUUAUGCCACUUGUUGUUUCUUUGUAUAUGUGUGUUAAACGCUGGCGGUGCUUAUGUUAAUUUCAGUAAUGAUUAUUUAAAGGCAAAUCAAAUGCAAUAUUUGUAGUCAUAAAUGGCGCUUAAAGUUACUGCUUAUGGUAGAAGCUAAAGCUUCAUAAUGUACUUGACUGAAUGUUUUUUUUUUUUCUUGCUAAAGUCCUCUACUAAUACUUCAACAUUAGCAUCCUCUCAUAAAUGUUGGUAUAUGGCUGCCAGAUUUCCUUUUGUCUAUGAGAAUUCUCAAUUUUCGAGUGAAGUGCAGGGUUUUUGUUAUGUAACUAAUAUUUCAAGCUUUUAUAUUUAGUCACUUGAUGACAAUAAAUCAAUAAUUUAAAGAAUUAUAUGUUUGUACUAUUUG